GUGUACGGGAGCAUGGCUAUGGACAUGCAGGUGAACUAUGAUAUACACAGUCAACCUAGGUGAUACGUAUAUGCAACCUACUACAUAGAUACACAUGUAUAUAUAUCCUACUAGACAUACGGGUUGAGAUGUGGUUAUAGCACCACUGAUCCGUAAGCAUGAUCCGUUUCACGCACGCACCCAGUCAGCGUGUAGCACUGGCCUACAAUCCGCAGCAGAGUCGCAUUUACUCGUUAUGGCGACUAAAUAGUGGUCCCGAACUGUUAUGCACCCGAACCCGCACACCUAAGGUUAGGACCCUUUCCAAUAUGGCGGUACAUAUACCUGUACAGGUGCGUAUGUGUAAGCUGAAAGGUGUAUCGAAGUGCUUGUGCCAGCUUUCACGAAGAGAUACAUUACUCUCGUGUAACAGCCCAUCGCGCUCCCUGCACACAUCGGCUCACAAAUACACAUACACCCACAGUAGGUAUACCUACUACAGCAAUCCAAACAGGAUACACACGGAUAUGCACACACAACAGUACACGGUUAAUAGACCACGCUCACAACAACGUAGCCAUUCAAGGGCCACAUCGCACUGUAUAGGGCACGCACAGCCCAGCUCCGUUAUGCCUGGAGGGGCGUUUGAGAUGGGACAUCCACGUAGAAGCAGCCUACUGUUGUCGAGAGUGUGUGGAUCACAUAACACCUCCAGGCCAUGCAAUACUGCGAGUGGGGUCUCGGAUGCACAAUUUAGAACAUAUAACUACAACCACAGUAGGGAAAGAUUAGAACGACGGUGUCACGGCAUGUGUAAGCCGCCAAUUAAUAGGGCACUGGCGACUGCCUCCCGUGCAGCUAUCAAGCCAGCGAUGUACAAGAGAGCGGUGAAUCCUCGGAUCUGGAAUGAUCAAGCUAUGAUAACCUUCUCACCAAUCGACGACGAGACGGUACCCCUGCCAACGUCAACGGACGUAAGCGGACUACUAGAGAACACAUUUCGGUACGCCAACCACUGGUCCACACCGCUGCUACAGGCGGAUGUGUAUGCGACGCAUGGCCUCACAAGCAGAGAGUGGAAGGUAGUGUGCCAGAUCGCAAGAUCCAACCACAACGUGUUGUGGACGUACUGGAGUCUGUUGGUCCUGCGCUUAAAGGGUGUGGCAGACGGGCGGCAGUGGACCGACAUGCCCGAUCUCAUCGAGCACUGCAUGUGGGUGUACCACAACACGAGCGAUCCAACAUUCCAGAUCAGACUGCGGGCUCUGUCUGUGCAAUACUUCAUUGACAUCACCCGGUUCAGAGACCACACACUCGACAACGAUCUGAUGAUCCGCCUGCUGCGCUUGUGGCUGCGAGAGCCUAUCACUGAGCAAUGGUUUGUCAAGUCGGUGCGCGGCGGUAUGCUGCAGUACAUGGCCAAGAAAUACCGCUUGGAGUUGGGGCUCAAAGAACUACGACGGCACGACAGUCUGUAUAUCUUCCACAACGAAUACGAAUGUGGCAAGUUCUCGCGAUGGCUGCUACAGCACGCGAGUGAAGGCAGCCAAGGGUGCCAAGAAAUAUGGAGUGCAUACCUGAAAACGUUGGUGCGGAGGGGCCGGCGAGACUCGGCCAUGCAAGCUCUGAUGUACAUGGACCAUCUAAACUUAGAGUUUGAUAGUAAGGUUGUUCGGGAGUUGCUGGACAAUUCCUUUGCACCCUUUGCAGAGGAGCAACGGCUGCGACGCGAGAACCAGGCCACCGCUCUGGCAGACGCCGACAAUGCCAUGGGGCUCUCAUCGUACAGUGCGAUAGCUCUCCUCUCCCAACCAUUAAGGAACGGCCUGCUCGCAGACAACUCGGAUAGCCAAAGCGCCCAUGUGCCUGUGAGUGGCAUUAUGGCACUGUACAAGUGUGUGAAGGCGCUGAAGCUGCCGAUGCCCAAGGAGUGGUACCAUGUGCUGAUUGGCGCGACGCUGGAUCCGGACAGUCCGAACGGAUCGCUCAUGGUGAAGCUGCAGGCUGUCACGGAGAUUAUCGCACGCAUGGAGGCGGGAGACGACGAUGUCCGACCAGACAGCAGCACUCUGGCGGUUGUCGUGCACGGCCUGGAGCCCUCCGGAGCUGUCGACAUGGCGCUGAGCCUGGUCCAUAGCAUGGAGAAAAAGAUACAGGACAGCAACAGGACUAUAGUUCGCACAAAGCCCUUUGAAUCGGUGUACGAGACCAUGCUGAAUAUGCUGGCCCGCUUUCCCUAUGUGCGAGAGGGGGCUGGUGCGUGGGUUUAUAGUCGGUGGUUGGCGCGACGAAGCACUGUGGAUAAUUCUGGCGCUGAUACUCGCCGAGCUCAGAUGCUCUUCCGAGUGAUGAAGUCUGAGCACACACACCACACCGUGCCGAACAACGUAUUGCUAGAGGAGGUGUUCAAAGCGUCCGCGCACGAUUCCGACUUGACUAAGACAGUCACGUUAUGGGCGGCCCAGUGCUGCGCGGAGUCCCCCGCCGCAUACGACGCCGACGCCGAGACGCGGCUGGAGCCGCUGUUACGCUUGCUCAACAAGUGCAGUGUAGACCUCGACGUGGACAUGGCGUGUGCGCUCGCCGAGUGUGCCGUGAUCGAGUACGAGGUCAAGCUGCUUCUAGAUACGCUCAGCCGAAGCCCGGCGGCUAAGAUGCCCGAUCCAGCACAUACUUACCUCUCAGGGGAGCAGCUGGGUACUCUGCACCACUACCGCGUGUGCGCGGCGGCCCUGGCGGUGACGCACCGGCCGCGCAGCGUGGACCGGUGUGUCCCGAACUUUGCGCACUUUCUGUGGACCGAAAUGCAGCCCAAAGCACGGCCAGCCCAGGGCAAGAAGCAGGUGCAGUCUGUGGGUUUAGUUGAACCGCCUGGUGGUGGCAACAAGCUGCGCAGCAACGUUGUACUGGAUCGAGGGGCGUUGGAGAAAGGGACGGCGUCGCUGAUUAGCGCGUGCCUGUCGUUCCCCAUGUUGGGCAACUCGAGUGUCAGCGAUGGGGUGGCGGAUGACGACUACACCGCGUGGGCCCGCGACGCGCUGGAGCGCAAUGUGAAUCUGGAUGACAUCCGCAGGCAUGUGGGGACCAGAGCGGCCAAGGCGGUUAAGGGCGACAAUGCGACGAAGUCGAUGAAGUCGACCAAGCAGCGCACCAAGUUCGGACUGGACCGACUGCCAUUCAUGCUUCGCCAGGCGCGCAAUGAGCACGGGGUGUCACUGCUGCCCGAUGCGGUCGAUGCACUGUGGGACGAUGGUAUCAAGUACCUGGCCCUGGAGUUGUUCAAGGCGCAUCUCUCCGAGCACAUUAGUGGCGCUGAACAGACUGCCGAGGAGAGACUAGCCAGUCGAGGCCCAAAUACCUACAUGCCGCCACCCUCGUCCGUGUUGAACGUUGUGUUACGGAUGUGUGUGGAGAUGGACCGCUUGGAUGUAGCUCUGGAAGCUGUGGAGAGCGUACGCGUCUGCCAAUGGGGCACUGCGGAACAUUCGAUGCGAAGACCGUCUUACCUGGAGGCUCUGCGUUCAGGAUUGGGAGGUAUGGAGCAGAAGUUUGGGCGCUCCAGUGAAUACGCUCGUAUCAUGCGGGUGUAUCAGAAUCUGGGUGGCAGUGGGCCUCUGAUUUCUCCGGAUGAGGUAGAACGCGUUCACAUCGAGGAACUCAGUGCGGCUGUCGCAGAGUCCACUCUGUACGUCGAGGACAAGGCCGCAAUAGAACGGGUCCAUGCACGUAGAUAUCUGGUACACAAGGCUUUCGAGCUACCCGAGACCAUGCAGAGCAACCUAGAGCUAGAGGCAAGCUUAACGCCCGAUGGCUACUGGACAAAGAUACCCACAGAGAAAGAUAUUGCCCAGGCGGUAGCGGAUAUGAAUCAGGAAAUGAUGGACACACUAUCGCAAUCGAAUCUGAAGUCACGCGCCGGUACUGCCAUCUCACCCACUCACGUGCGCAGUGGUGAAGAGAGCCUUCAGGGGUACCACCCCGAGCAGGACAGCUCUAGGGAUCAGUCUGAAGGGAAGUUCCUGGAAGAGCUAUUCGACUCACCGUAUGUGUCGGCCAUGCCAGCUGCUUCUUCGGUGCCGUCGGUUGUGGAUGACCUCAUCAUUGGGCUGGAGAGUGUGCGGACUGGCGGGUCAGAUGAUGUUCAGUCUGGUAUCAGUCGCGACGAUGAAAGACAGGGCCAUAUAGCGACCUUGAGCACAGGUGAUAUGACAGACCGUUAUAGUAAGGACCCAUUCAAUUGGUCGGAGAACGAUGAUUGGCUGACCUUUGAUAUUAAAGGGAAAAGUAAAGGGGGGGAAGCUGCAGACGCCAAUGCUUUCAACAUAGACGGAGACCGGAAGGCUUUAAGUGUCGAGAAAGCCGAGCAAGUGGCUGAACUUACCGGUCUGGAGAUGUUCAACGUCCUCAGGAAAUUCCAGGGCAAGGAGGCGCAGAAGAAGGGUUAAGGUCAAUAGUAUUUGGAUAUCUGUGAAAACGUAGUGAAGCUGGACUAAAUUGUACCGCAUCGACCCGAUUCUCAGAUGAGUGUGAGUAUGUGGAUUUGAGCUUAGCGAGACACACAAGUUUGAAGGAUCAAGGACAAGGAGUCGCAAGAGAAUAGCCUGAUCGUUCGUAUUUCUAUGUGUAGUUGAAUAUGAUGUCGUGCACUCAUAGCUCGGACUCGGCACAACAGAGCGCACUGAGUCGAUCGGAUUUUCUUGCGAGAACGGGAGAUGCUCGUUGUUGUAUUGAUGGUGAAGAGCAACCUAAUUUGUGGCAAACAAUAGUUUCUUUUCACAAUUUUUUGAGCUGCCCGUUACAAGAACAUGCACGAUCCAACAUGUGGUCACCGGCAAGCCGUGCUGAUGGGCCGUAUAGUAUUGCUGUGAAUAAGAUCACUUAAAUUUCAAUAGAGCUCUUCAGGUACAACGUCGUUCCCUUGAAUCAAAGCCAUGUGAAAUUUGCGUGUAUCGGUCGGAUUGAUGCUUUUCCCCGACCACAAAGAAGUGUUCAACAGGGUCGUCGACUCCUUUGGUAUAGGGUGCCAGCUGCGGCGGCAAGAUGCAAUCAAAGUUGGUGAGAACAGUUUCAAAUUUGAAUACUCGUCUAAGGCCGUAGUGUUCCAAGCACAGAAUUAACUGACGAAAAUGGUGUACGUACUAGAUAGGGAUGCGGUCUUGUCGUUUCGGAUAAAUCCAAAGGUGCUCUGCAAAUUGUACCCAAUUUUUUCUAGUAAAGUUGGGCUCGACCACUAACUAUACUCGCAUCUCUAGCGCAUGAGUAUUGGUAGUUAGACCAAAUUAUUCUGUUGGGUAAAGUACAGGAGAUCUUUAUGACUAUUGAUUUUGCGGGAGUGCAAUAGACGGCGAACAUGAGUGUCGCAAGCAGCUCAUUUGUUGUUUGGCAACUAUAAUUUCAUUUAUGAUGACUUCCACCCGGUUUCGGCUCAUCAUUCAUCCCCGCUUGUGUCUGACGCUAGUAGAUACCCUGAGGAGAUGAUGGCCCUCUAUAUUAGCCCAAAUAAUAAAUGUCAUCUCGCCGAUACUAGAAAAUGGUGAU